CCUUUCCCUUCCUUUUUCAAAUCCAACAACAACAAGACCUUAUAUAGAAACGGUCACUAUGUUCUUUACCCCUCUAGGCUCUAGUCCUUCUUCUGGUUUGCCAACAUCUGAAUCAAAAUCCGUCAAAUGGGUUCUUGCAUUAGCAAAUGCAGAAGCAGACCCAAGAAACAUUCCCGAGAAGAAUUCAAUCGUGUCCAAGACAAGCUUGUAAUCUCACAAGCUCCGAAAACUCCCAUUCCUCACUCCAACAAAAUUUCUCCUUCUCCUCCCUCUCCGACGUCUUCAACUUCUUCCACUUCUUCCCUCACAUGCACCACCAGCAAUACUACGACCGCAAGCUCGUUGUCAAGUACUGCAUCUUCUGUCUUGAGCUCGAAAGAUAGAUCGUUCUCCAAUGACUUCUUGUGGUCAUGCAUUAAGGAGAAUCCACAUAUAAUCCGUAUCAAUUCAAUCAAGGAAAAUGCAUUUCUGCUUGCCCCCGCCAAAGUUCACGCCCCAAAGUACUCAGACUACUUGAUGGCAAAACCAAUGGCAGCGCCGGCGAAACAAUCAAUACCGCAGAAGAGAGUGCGGUCAAGCUCCCCUGCUUCUCCUCUAACGCGUCAGAAGAGUUUUCGGAGGUCACCCUCUCCAAGCCGGAGGUAUACUGGUGAUAGAAGUGGGCCGCUAUUGACAAACGCGCCGGCGGAAAGUCAUUCAAAGCGUGUGGUUGGUUCGAAGGCGAAUACAGUGAGCUCUGUGCCGUCACCUCUGAGGAAGGAAAAUUUCAGGCCAGCAAGUCCGAACAAUAUUAUUUCAAGCCGUCCACGCCCUUGUUUGAGGAAUAAGGAGACAUGCACUCACCGGAUUGGUUCCAAAAUCGACGAAGUUGCAGUUGGAAAAGCACUGUCAGACCAUGACAUGAUCGACUCUAUUCCCAUGGAGGACAUUGAUAAUCCUCUCAUCUCCUUGGAUUGUUUUAUCUUCCUAUAGAUUUGAGUGUGUAUUUAUUUACAGUGGUGUGCAUACUAUUCAUUUUUUUUUUCCCUUUCAUUAUUUGUCUGCCUUAAUUCAUGAGCAGGUUUGAAAAUCGUCAUCUGGAUCGAUCAAAUUCCCUUUUUCUCGGUGUUUAUCAUGAGAGAUUAUAUGUAUUUUUUUUUUUUCAUUUUCCCUUAUUCUUUUUCUUUCGGAAACAUUUUAUAUUUACACUAAAUUGUAAUGAAGCUACCGUCUCUCCCUCUGUAUCACAGAUGAGCAUUGGGAUGGCCAUGGUGGUUUGGCCUCAAGAAUUUAUUUAUUUAUUUAUU